CCCUCCCUUUGACGCCACUUCCGUUUCCGCCGCAGCCGCCUGAGGGGAAACUCGAGCAAGAUGGCAACGCUCUCCGUCAUGCAGGCCUCGCCGGCCGACGCUGCCGGAGGAUUCAGCUUCCACAAUUGCGCCCGGAAUUCUCAGCUUGAAGCAGAGGGGACCAAGAAGGGCCUGCGUCUUCCCACAGCCCGCAAGACCGGCACCACCAUUGCUGGGGUAGUGUUUAAGGAUGGGAUAGUGCUUGGAGCAGAUACAAGAGCCACUGAAGGAAUGGUUGUUGCUGACAAGAACUGUUCGAAAAUACACUAUAUAUCUCCAAACAUUUAUUGUUGCGGUGCUGGAACGGCUGCAGACACCGAAAUGACGACUCAAAUGAUCUCUUCUAACAUGGAACUCCACUCACUCUCAACUGGGCGGCUUCCAAGGGUGGUCACAGCCAACCGGAUGCUCAAGCAGAUGCUGUUCAGAUAUCAAGGUUAUAUUGGAGCCGCCCUGGUUCUAGGAGGGGUAGAUGUCACAGGGGCCCACCUUUACAGCAUCUAUCCUCAUGGAUCUACGGACAAAUUGCCUUACGUCACAAUGGGUUCAGGGUCCUUGGCAGCCAUGGCCGUUUUUGAAGACAAAUUCAAGCCUGAUAUGGAGGAGGAGGAAGCCAAACAGCUUGUGAGAGACGCCAUUGCAGCUGGCAUAUACAAUGAUCUGGGCUCCGGCAGUAACAUUGAUCUUUGUGUGCUCAGUAAGAACAAACUGGACUUUCUCCGUCCUUACGACACGCCCAACAAAAAAGGGAAAAGGCAAGGCCGGUACAGCUGCGAGAGGGGAACCACAGGGGUGCUCUAUACCAAAGUCACCCCCUUGGACCUGGAAGUGGCGGACGAGACCGUGCAAACCAUGGAUACGUCUUGACUUACCGGAAACGUCCGGGCGGCGGAAGAGGAUUGAGAAUUUGACCUCUCCAAAUUCUGUAUCUGUAUUAUCUGCGUUAAUGUUCUGUAUGCAGAUUGAAUAAUAAAAAUUAAAAAACCCAA